UACUGUUUCUUUAAGAGCCGGCGAGGAAGGCGGUGCUCCUCCUUGACGAGCCGCCCUGCUGGCCAAUCAGCCAGCACGUCCUUUGGCCUGAGGGCUGAGGAAACCGGUUGCGGGGAGCCGUGGGUUCGAGUCCGACCUCCGCCGCGAUGGCGCUGAAAGGCUUCCGAAUCCGCCGCCUGAGCGGCCACCGGAAAUACGGGGUAGCGGCCACGAACUUGGAGGACCUGCUCUGCAAAGUCUGCGCCCUCCUGCAGCUUCCUGUUGCCGAUGCCCGGCUGUGUUUGCACGAGGACGGGAUGGAGAUAACGAAGGCCCGUUUCCAGAAAAUCCCAGAGAAUUCGGAGCUCGUCUUGUUAGCCCCUGGGGAGGAGUGGCAGGGCUAUGUGAGUGAGAUCCAGCGCUUUCUCAAUGCCUUCUCCAGCCGAACAGAGGAUAUCGUGCGCGCCGCUCGGACGCUGCUCUCCGACGAGGGAUCGCCCAUGAGAAGGAAGGUGCUCUCGGACCUCGUGCACAACCUCAGCGAGAACAUCGGCGCAGAAAACCGGGUGGAAGAUGAAAAAUGGUUUGAAGGGAUUGAAUCUCGCUUUAAGACAAAAUCCAGUUACCUGCGUUUCAGUUGCGAGAGCAGGAUCCGCAGUUACAUGAAAGAGGUUGGUGGUUACGCUUCUACCAUCCACCCGCCCGCCCGCGGGAAGUUCCUGCAGAUUGUGGAAGCCAUGCUGAAGAAGCUGAAGUCGGAAAGGUACAACGGCCGUUAUUUUGACCGGACGGCGCAAGAGAACGCCUGCCUUUGCACCCCACAAGGCUGGUUCUCUUGUCAAGGUCCGUUCGAUGCAGAAAGCUGCCCUGGCCGGCACUCCAUCAAUCCGUAUGGGAACAAAGAGAGUCGGAUUCUAUUCAGCACCUGGAACCUUGAUCAUGUCAUUGAGAAGAAACGGACGGUCCUUCCGACCUUAGCCGAAGCCGUCCAGGACCGGGAGGGGAAAGAAGUGAACUGGGAGUAUUUCUACCGACUCCUGUUCACCGUCGACAACCUGAAGCUGGUGCACAUCGUCUGCCACAAAAAAGCCAACCACAACCUCAGCUGCGACAAAAGGAAGGUCUAUCGGAAACGCAAACGGCCCCCCAAGAUCCGAAAAUCACUGGUCUAGAGGCUGCGGGGGCCAAGAGAUGAGUUUCUCAUGCUGUGAAGGAGAGGCGGUCUUCCCUGUCCUUAAAGCCCCGAGGCCGAAUCCAGCUCUCUUAGAUCUUCAGACAGCCACGCUUCCUUUGCCUCCCUUACCAUGGUGUGAUGGUUUCUCAGAGUUUCCCUGCUCCUUGUGUACUUCUGGGGCUUACUUACUGGUAGGAAGAACUUUACUCAGAAAGAGGCUGGUAUUUUUCAUCUUACCUGCUUAUCUGCGCUCUUGCCAAAGGUUUUGCACCCGUGAUCUCUUCCGGACGGGGGGCUUGAAUGCAGUCUCAACCCGCUAACUUCCUCCACUUCUGCACCAGCUCUGUUCACCUGCUUCUUUCAAGAGAGUGCCCAGUUAGCCCUCCUCGAUGUGGGUGCUGAUUGGCUAGUGCCUGUGCCGUCACCCUAACCAAAGAGCAUGUUCUCUUCCAAUCCACUAGGGAUUUUUCAUUUCUCCCAUUAUUAUUAUCAUUUUUAAUUAAACCUGCACAGCUUAUUUAUGUUAAUAGGAACCUGGCUUGUUAGAAGGGUCUUGUUUCCCUCGGGGAAGCAAGAAGCAGAUCGGAAGGAGUGUGAUGCUUGACUUUUCCAUACACCAUAGGACCCUCCUAUCUGCAUGAGAUCGGGUCCAACCCUGCCUCCUACAGAUGCUGAAAAACAGGGAUUAUAGCAAGCAGUACAGUAGUAUAAUAUCCAUAGCAUGGUCUCUGGCUCUCUCUCCUGGCCAGUUCUGGUAAUGAGACUAGAAAUACACAUUAUUUCUCUACUGUACGCCAUACAGAGGGAGACAUGGUCUCUGGCUCCCUCUAGUGGCCAGUUCUGGUACAUUCACCUUUAGAUAAAGCGACCUAUUUGUAGAAUUUCUCUUUUAAUAUUUUUAAUAUUUUCAAACUGUGAAUACGUGAACUGGUGAAUACUGAUCCCGUAGAUCAGUGUUGUAUUGCUAUUGACACCUCCUGUGUAGAAAUUAAUCAGAGAUUAAA